CACACACACACACACACAAAGUGUAAUGGUAAUUUCAAACGAAUGUCACUCCUAUCUAGUGAUCACUGAUAUUUUGGAAUGAUAAACCGACGGAGUGCGUAAAAAAGUGAAAGAAAGAAAGAGAGAGAAAGAGGGUGUAUCUAUUAGCUAAGGUGGUAGUGGUGUGUAUGCGUGUACAAGUAUAUGUGAGUGUGGACACAGACAUACUAGACCCACUGAGAGAGAAACAGAAAAAUCAGCAGUAAGCGUGCCUUUUUUUUUUAAACACUUACACACAUACCCCAACGUUUCUGUAGGUGUCUAAGAACAACACUACCGCCACUACUAAGUUUACUAUUAAACUCACAAGCCAAGUAUUGGUCUACGUAUUAUACCUACUGCCUAUCCUAAAGUUAUUUCACGGAAAUUAUACUCACCCACCACGUGUAUACAUACAUACACAUACAUAUAUAUAUAUAUGUAUGCAUGUAUGUAUGUGUGUGUGUUUCUAAAUCUUUGAUCUGACACGCAUAUAUACAUACAUACACACAUACAAGUGUGUAUAGUGUGUAUGUAUAUACUUACGAUGUUUCUGUUAUCCAGCCGGUACAUUCUAUACAACACAGUGAAAUAUUUGUGGAUAUUACUAUAAUAAUAAUAAUAAUAAUAAUAAAUGAAGAUGAUAAAUAAUAACUAUUCAUGAAAACAUUCUUUUUAAAAAUGAAAUGAGGAUUCUUUACCAAACUUGUUGAUGUGGCUGUUGUCAUUGUCAGGGUGUCACAUUUAUGAAUUUCUACAAAAUUUCUGAAGACUUAUUUGCUGUGAAGUGGCAGAAUAGGGUGAAACCUACUCCAAUACUAUGGCUGACAUCCACCAACAAUUAUCUCUCCCAGAUUUGUUAACGAAAAUACCAUAACACCUACUCCACCUCUUACUCUUUCUUCUGCUUCUUCAGCAAAAAUGUCUGUGCAGGUGCAGCAGCAGAAGGUUAUGAGUUCAAGUUUGGCUGAUUCUCCUUCAUCCGACCCAAAUUUGAACAGAUUACAGCAAGAUACUCCAAAGAUUAUUAGUCAAAUAAUUAUGGAUAAAGCUGCUGAUAGUAAUAGGAUAAAAAAUAAAACCAGCAUCACUUUUAACAGUGACAGCAGUAAUAACAACAGCAAGAAAAGCAGCUGUCAAGAGUCUUUUCAAAAUAUAGAAGAUUACUGGUCUGAAAGUCGCAGUACCACAGAAAAGUCCACUCAAACCAACAGGCUAUCUCUGAUGAGUAUUCCAGGUGACUGGCUUUGGACAGAGCUGCAUAGCAACAAUAACAAAACCAAUUUACUUGCAAACACAGACAAUCUUGUUGACCCAACACAAAAUUCUAACUUGAAAAUGCUAACUACUUCAACGCAUACAGAUAAUCAUAUUAAAGAGGAAAAUUCAAAUAUGUGGCAGAUCCCCAGCCCGGAGUUACAAGUAAUGGUCAACACACAUACCAAUGCUGUGGUAAAACGGAAGAAUUCAUUAAAGUGUACCAAGAGUGAUAACAAAGAUCAGAAAAAAGGGAAACAAAAUAAACAGGAUUUUCAAAGAAAGUUGGUGGCAAGAGCUUUGCAAUCAUUUGCCAUGAGUAAUAACAAAAGCAAUAAUAAGAAAAAUAGCAUCAACAAAAAUCAGAAUAAUUUUGAUGAUAACUCUUUAAUCAUUAGUAACAAACCAGCAAUAGCAAGCCAAGAGAAUUUACCUGUGAUAGAUUUACCUCAAGAGCAAGAAUGUCCCACAUUAAAACUUUCAGCAGCAGAGUGCGAAAAAGGUGGAGAUUCUGAUAAACCUACAGAAGUUUGCAAUGAAAUUAUUGGGAAUAAGUUUGAUCUCAAAAAAUCUAUGAUAGAUGAAAAAGAAAUUAACAAUGCAGUUGAGUCAAAGAAACCCCCUCGUAAAAAUGCAACUGUAAACAAUUUUGAUGAUAUUGCAUGUUGCAUAAAAAUAACCCCUCCAAGUGCUCACUCAAGAAACUUGUCAAUUGAUUCACAACUUCCCAGGAAUGCUACCUGGAGUGGCACCAAACGACUUAAUAUUGAAAAAAGCAUUUUAGAUUGGAUGCAUAAAAGAUAUUGUGCUGAGCAGUAUCGGAAGAAGCGGUCAUCAUCAGCAGAUACUGUUAAUUAUAUUCCUGGCCAACAUUUUGUUCAGGUGCUCAACAAAACACAUAAUGGAACUGACAAUGAAAAAGAAAUCCCUUUGUUUUCUGUCUACAAACUACCAAAAUCUACUAUUCACCUUGGUAAUUACCAAACAGCGCCACCAUCAUUUCGCAGAGAAUUCAAAUAUAAGCACCAUGGAAUUAUUACCAAUGGAACUCUUGAUAAAGGACUAGAAAAACGGAAGAGGGAGAAACUACAAGCAGAAAUUGAAGCUAAAGAGGCCUGCAAAUGGCUGCGUUAUACAGGAUUUCCCCAGUAUGUUCAGAUGUUUCAAGAUGGUCAGUUUCCUAUCAACACAGAAUCAGUCCAUAAUGACCAUGACUUCCUUGAUACUGAUUCUCUACAGGCCCUCAGCAGACGUCUGGAUAUUCUUAACAGAUGUUCUAAAGUCCAGAUAGAUACAGCCAGAAGUAAAACUGGUGAUGAUUCUGACGAAGAGGAGCAAUGUGCACUCAGUGACAAAUGGAAGUAUCAGAGGAGCAGUCGGCGAUGGUCUCGCAUGGGUCUGCAACUGUACCAGAAGCGUCCAUCUGAUACUGUGCCACCCAUGUCUCCUGUUAGAAGCAGUAGCAGUCACGACAGCUUGCUAACUGACCAAGAUAGUUAUAGCCAUCUAGAAAACAGUUUGGUAAACUCAGCACCUACUGAUCAUGACACUAAACAGAUUGCUGUAGCAUCAUUAGACUUCUCAGGAUCUUCUGAACCUGAAGGUGAUAAAAUACUCACAGAACUACAGCCUGCAAAGCUGCCGACAGUUGCGCAGGCACUCCUGAGCCCUAAGCUAGGUCGAGCCUCAAGCUUUCGGCCAGCAAGACUUAUAACAAGUCGUUUUGGGUCAAAGAAAAAUGGUGGAAGCAUGCGCAAUAAGAAGCAGAUGGACUGCUUGCAGAUCAGUGGGCCAAUCGUUAUGGAGACAGACAACAUGAAAGAGACAAUUCGUCGUAUGAAUUGUAUUGAUUUAGAUAAGAAGAACAAACACAUGAUGACACGGUCAAAUUCCACUGAUUGCUCAUCUUCUGAGUGUACCUCACAAAUAGACUUUUCUUCAGCCAGUAGCCCUGAUCUUCAUCUACAUACAACAACUGCACAAUCAAAACAAAAAUCAGAACUGUUUCAGCCACGGACCCUGGACAACUAUUCUGAUAAUCAUUCCAUUUCAAAAAAUGCUUUAAAAAAUAACAACUCCAACAAUUUGACUGAAGUUUAUUUGUUGCCUUCUGACUACAAACCAGGAAGCUUUCCAAAAGUUAUAAACAAUGGCUACAUUGAAACUGGAGAAGGUCAUGGAAUAAAUUUUAGGACAGGGAGCUUCAGUUUAGGACAUGAUUCCAAACAGGACAGCUCAAAAUAUCUGUGUGCAGGUUCACAAAAUGACCGAUCUAAACGUGUUAGUAUUUAUGAUAAUGUUCCAUUGGAAGAAUCUGUUGAGGCGGAAUUAGAUGAAAUUGUUCGAAAUUUAUAUGAAAAUAUCACUGGAUUUACUAAAUAUGUCGGAUCUGAAAAUUCAUUUGAUUUGGAAACGGAAAUCUCUUUAUUAAAAGAUUUGAAGAGCCUAGACAAUCUUGAAGGCACUGUAGAAAAUGAACAAGCAGAAAUUGAUAGCCAGCUACUUCUAGAAGAUAAACCAAAUGUGAUGACUGUAGAAAGUGAUGCUAAAGAAAGUUCCAAAGUUAUGAAUACUGAGUUGACAAGUUCAAGUGACAGUGAUGUGGAGAGUGAACCUGUCAUGUCCAGAGAAAGGCUUGAUUCAGGAGUUGGUUCUUCAUUGACUAGGCCAUCUAGUUUAAAGAAACAUAACAGAAUUCGCUGGUAUAGCUUCCAGAAAAGCCACCGACCAAGUUUCAGCAGCAAAUCCGCACAGAUUUGUACACUGUCUGUCAGACAAAUCCAUAAACUUCAAAGUGUGUGCAUGUUAACAAUAACAACCCUCAUGGAGAAAUUCUCACCAGCAAACCGGUCUGGAUGGAAUUGGACUGUAUCACGUUUUAUCAAAAAAGUCAAAGAACCUGACUACAAAGACAAGAAAGUUUUUGGGGUCCCUCUAAUUGAAACACUGCGCAGAUCUGGCCAGCCAGUUCCUCAGUGUAUAUUGUAUGCCAUGAAAUAUCUUAGGAGUACUGCAAAAGAUGCUGAUGGAAUUUUCCGUAGAUCUGGUGUUAAAUCAAGAAUACAGAACAUCCGAGAGCAAAUUGAACUUAAUACCGAGAUGGUUGCUUUUACCAGUUUGCAAUCUUAUGAUGUUGCUGACCUCACAAAGCAAUAUUUCCGUGAACUACCAGAAUGUUUAUUGACUAAUAAACUAUCAGAAACAUUUAUUGGGGUUUUUACACAUUUUCCCAAAGAACAUUGGUUGGAAGCAGUGAAUGCGACCAUAAUUCUAAUGCCUGAUGAAAACCGAGAAGUCUUACAGUCACUUCUACUCUUUCUCCAUGAUAUUUCAAAAACUGCUGACCACCACAAGAUGACAGCAAGCAAUCUGGCAGUGUGUUUUGCCCCUUCUCUGUUCAAUGUAAUCAGUCUGAAGAGUACUAACAGUCCAAGCUUAUUGAGAAACAAGAAACAAAUAGGUGUUCCUGAUUCCAAAGAAGUGCUGGAACCUGCCCAUGAAUGUCUUGUCUUUAUGAUUGAAAACUCAAAAUCCCUUUUCUCUGUACCACAAGAAACAAUCGCUAAAUGUAGAUUCUCUGUUAGUGAUAUACACAACCCAAUGGAAAUAAAAGAUUUUGAUCAUGUAAAUGGUAAACCAAACUUGUUCAUUGAUAAACAUUAUCAAGUUUUAUUUAAGGAAUGCCGGGAAAAAUUUCGUAACUGGAAUGUGUGUCCUUCUAUCAAUGGAAUUGACAUAGCCUAUAAGAAGACAGAUGAUCUGUUACGACAAUGGAUGUGUCUCACUGAAAUGGAAGCCCCGCCUGAAGAAGUCUUGAACAGAAUUCUUACAGAAAGGAGUUUGUGGGAUGAAGACCUCAAUGGGAGCGGUGUUGUUGAGAAGCUGGACAAUCACACAGACAUAUUCCAGUACACACGGAACAGUAUGCCGCCACAUCCAUGCCGACAUUACUGUUUGAUCAGAUCGUGGAGAACAGACCUUUCUAAGGGAGCUUGUUUACUAUUGACUCACUCAGUACGACAUCCCAAAGUCAAGAUAUCUGGUGUGGAAGGUAUCAUCUUAGAAUCUCACUAUCUCAUUGAACCUUGUGGUGCUGGAAAAUCCAGGGUUACACACAUUAUUCGGGAAGAUACAAAGGGCCGGUCAGUCAAAUGGUACAAUUUAAGUUAUGGUAAAAUCAAUGCUAAUUUCAUGGACCGAUUAAGAACGAGUUUUCAGCAAGUUGCUUCUGGCCCAGAGACAAAACUCUGAAUUUCAUCCAAUAUAUACACAUUCACAAACACAUAAACCUAUACACAAGCAGCUUAUCAGAUUGUAAAUGUAAAACAAAAGAGCAAUGACAGAUUUUAAAAGAUAUUACAUAUAUAUAUAUAUAUAAUUAUUUCUAAACAUUUUGGUGAAAUAUCAGAUUUCAAAGGCAACGAAAUCUUGAGAUAAAUGAUUUUUGCCAAACUUUUUUAAAUAAUAUGUGUUGAUUAUUUAACACAUAAAAUUACUUCCUUUUUUCAAGGGUAUCUGUUAAAUGUUUAAUAAUAAAAUAUUCAACAAAUUAAGAAA